UCAGUUCUCUCGUAGUUAGUGAGAAAAAGCUAAACAAAAGCUAAAGAAAGCCAGAUGUAUGAAAAGACAAAUUUACCGCCAAAAUCUGUUAAAAACCAGAACAAACUCAGUAAGUUGGAAAUUUCGAUAUCGUAAGACUAUAAGCCAUGAAUUCCAGUUCUGACACGAGCCCUACUGGUUGCGAAGCUGACCUUGUGUUCGGAAAAAGACUGCAGCACCCUUCCUCCUUGAGCGUAGCUUUUUUUAUCUUUCUUAUCAUCGUUAACCUCCUCACCUUUCCAGUCACCGCAGUUUUGAACGCGCUUGUGAUGAUCUCUGUUCAGACAAAAUCACGACUAAGAGCACACAAGUCCAACGUUUUACUGGCGUUCCUGGCUUUGACAGACUUUACAAUCGGGAUUCUAGUUCAACCUGCCUUCUCCGCGGUAUUAAUUAUGUUGUUACUUAACGAGCCUCGUGGAUACUGUGUUCUGAAAGUCCUUAGGCAUGUGACUUUUGUUGUCAAUGCUUCGCUUUUUCACUUGGUUUUGCUAACAGGGGAGCGGUACAUUGCCAUGAAGCAUCCUUUUUCUUACCUUACCUUCGUCACCGAAGGACGCUUGCUUUUUGCCAGCGCAAUGGCGUGGUUCUUGUCCAUUUCUCAUUCCGUUCUUUUACUUUUAAGCCAACCUGUGUUUUUCAUCUGCGUAACCAUAUCCGGUAUUCUAUCGUUUGCCGUUAUUUCUUUCUGCCAUGUUACUGUUUUUGGUGAAACUCGUCGACACGAACGGCAACUUGCAGCUCAACAAGUGACAUUGGAGGCAAGGGAAGAAUUUGAGCGCAAUAAGAAGGCUUUUAAACUCACAUCUAUAAUCCUUGUUUUACUGAUUUUAUUGGUUUUAAUACCUACGGGCACUUUGCCAGUCGUUCUAUUUAGUUACCGUGAAUUCACUCCAGAGGCGGUGUAUUUGUUUUUCUCCUCUACUAUGUCGCUAGUUUUCUUGGACUCACUUCUUAACCCGAUUGUCUACGCGUUGAGAUUGAGACAAUUUCGGGUCGCAAUUAUUGAGUUAUUGUUCAGAACUGUAAACACUGUCGACGCUGAAGAAAUUGAGAUGCGAUUUUUUGGAGGACCUAAUGCUGUGGUUAGAGUUAACAGAGUCAAGGAUAAGCAAGAUCAAGAAGAGCAAAAUCAACAAAAUAUGACUGUUGAAAAUGUGUAAUCCGGCAACAGCAAACGCAACAGUAAUUCUCUGCCUUAAUUAUGAAAAACAUUUGCCUUGAAGAAGAAUUGAACAGUGACUUGAACUCUUUAAAAUGCCAAUUAUCAACAUGGUAUACAAGCGCUUCAGUUCAUUUAUUUGUAAAUAUUUUUCAUUAAUUUUUUUUGCGUUUCUUAAUGGCUCAAAUCCCAUGGCUUAUUUUUCUUAACAAGCUAAGUUUGACCAAAUUUGGCCUGAUAUCCCAGCCUGCGAAUACAACCGUCUCUCCUCGCUCCUCGCCUUAAGGGACGUCUUCGUUUACAAGGUGGUCAUGAGACAAGUCGUGCUAGUUGCGAAGCUGCAAAAGCUGACGAAAACGAAAUCAAGAAGGACUAGCUGAAAAAAAUAUGAAAUGUGCGUGAAAAACAGUGACCAUCAUAACUUUGAUGUGGUGACUUCACACGAAAACUAAGUAUGUUGUCAGAAACACUGAACUGUUCAGCUCCUUAAUUCAUUUGAAAAUAUUCUCCAUAGUCAUAAUUUCAAUAGUUAGUGACUCAAGAUAGCAUUUGUUAAUUUAAAAAAAUCACGUAUUACAAAUCUGUUGUAAGUUGUGUUUGUAAAAUGUAUUUAAAAAUAAUUUGUUUAAAGUGAGUAUAAUUUGUCCAUAUUUUGAAGUGGGCGGUGGUUUUGAAGUGGUUAUCGUUAUGAUUGCAUUUUAUAAAAUAAUCUGCUUUAACGUUCUCAAGUAAACUAAAGAUUUAUCAGCUAUUCAACUAGAAUGUUUACAUGUUUAUGUUGACAACAAGCAAAUUGAACAAGUCAAGGAAAAAGUUUUUCUUGACAUUGUUCUUAAUGAAAAUCUGAAUUGGAAACUAAGCCCAUAUUUCAUAUGUGGCGAACAAAUUUUCCAAAUCUAUCGGAAAAAUAUAUAAAUGUAGUUUUAUCCUUUCCAAAUCUGGUCUUAAUAGCCUGUUCCAGGCGUUCAGAUAGUGGGGAGCGGUGCAAAGUAAAAGGGAGCGCGAAAAAGUAAAAGCGAGGGAGGAGGAGAGGUGAGAGAGGGAACGCCUGUUAGAUUUGUUUUAAAUAGACUCUUCCGCCCAGUCAGACCGCAUCAGCUGUAGGUGGUCUUCACUUGUCAAUCAAGACUGGUGUUACAGCCCGAUGCAUUUAUUAUUUUUCUUGCGAAUAAAUCGAAGUUUGUCAGAUCAAAAAUUAAUAUUAUGUAUACAUAAUCUUACUAAAAACCCAAUGUAAGACUUUCAGACAAUAGAAGGCGGGAGAAGUAUUCAUGUAUAAUGAAUUUAUUUACGGCUUUAAAAACAUGAUUUCAGCGUGUACGUGACAAAAAAUUAUGAAUCAAGUGACAAACAAAUAUCGCUCAUUUCGAUAGAAAGCCGUUUCAAUACAGAUCGUUAACUCAAGCAAUGAAAAUGCACAACAAUUGAAGGGAAAAUUUACUAUUCGGUGAUUGAGUGGACCUCGUCAAUAGCGAUAGCGGCAACUUGCUUUCCAAGCUUUUCUUUUUGAAGUCCUUUUGUCCAUUCAUUAGACAACCACGAUUUGGCACUUCAGUAAACAAUUUCACAGCUUCCACUUUUAACGGCUUCAUCCAUAUCUUCUCCCAUCAUUGCCGCCGCUACUCCGAUCUGACUUGUUCAAAUAUUCCACUUGGUCCAUGAUGGUAAUCAACGGAGUUACCACAACAAUCGUAAAUGGCAUUCUAUCCUGCCUUCAUUCCAACGCACGCUUUAUUCGAGGAAAAAACUGGAAAAUAAGAAUUUUUCCAAAGCCAGUCGGGGAGAAAUUGCUAAGACAUCUAUCCUACCGACUACGUGUUUUAAACAGUUUCUUUGCUUUUCGCUUUUAGCCUCCACGUUUGGAAAGUCACUCAGCGCUGUGUUUGUUGCGAGUUUGAAUUCUGCGUGACGGCACGUAGAGUCUGUCAUAACGGCCAUAUCGCAUUUCUCGCUCUGAUCGAAGACGCUCCACUGUUGACAAAAACUGUCAAAAUCAACCAAUCAGAGGGUAUACCAGGAUCUGGUAUACUGGAACGCACUUUUGUUAAGAAUUCUUACAAGCGUUCCAGCACCUCUCUCCCCAGUCCCCCUCUACUUUUCAUCGCUUUCUCUACUCCACACCGCUCUCCACUAUCUGAACGCUUGGAACAGGCUAUGGUCUUAAAAGCUUGUACUAUUCUAUGGUAUAUCCUUAUCUCUUUUACUACAACAUCGUCUGGGCUUCCACUUAUAAAACAAACCUGCUCUUAACCUGCUCAUCAUGUGACUCUACAAAAGUGCGUGAUCAGAAAUAUAAUAAAUCUGCCUUUGAUGCCUCUUUCGAUCCCAUCUACAAGGAGCAUCGUAGGUUAAAACUUCUUGGCAAAUUUAUGUACUCUUAUAAACACUCACUUUUACCCAUUAGGUUUGGAAAUACUUUUCCUCUUAAUAAUCAGACUCAUAACUACAAUACAAGAAAUGCUGUUGCUUUCAAGUUACCCUUCUGUAGAACAAACACUAGACAAUUUUCUGCAAGCUAUCAGGAGAGGGUCCUAAAUACUUUAAGUCCUUAUAGAUAAUGACAUUUGUAACUCAAUCUCUCUUUCUUUCUUUAAAAUCAGUCUGAAAAAUGAUAUUGUUAACAGCUAUUAGUCAAGAAGAAAUGAAUAGUUUCAUUAUCAUAGAUAAAGUUUACCUGUCCUCCAAUUACAAUAUUUGUCGUUUGUAAUGUAGCCUAUGAUGGCCGUAAUUUUUAGUAUUUAUUGAUUUACAAACUGAUUGUUGUUACUCGUUUACUGUAUCUUCACAUGUUCUUUUUUGGAAUUAAUUGUCAUAGCUGUGCAUGUGUAGCCAUCUGAUGAGUUGUAAUUGAUGAAGCCUUACGUUGUAACAGUGCUGUUAUAGGCCCUGUGGUUUCUAUUUAAGGAUUCCUCGCCACUUUCGUUCUGUAGUGUAGUUUUUUCUUUCUUUCCUUGUGUGGCAAAAACAAAAUAAAUAAAUAAAUAGAUAAAUAUAAAUGUGAGGCUUUUCUAGAUAAUAAACAAAUGAUUAAGUUUGAUCGACCGGAAAAUCAAAUCGCGACUAUUGUGACACUCCUGAAUAUUUGAAAUAUCGCACUUUAUUGUGGCGGGCACUUUGUGAACUGCACGUGAAGAAUCUAUUGCAGCUGCAAAAGAACAGCGUUUUCCUUUUCUAAAGUAUUUAAAAUAAUAAUAAUAAUAAACAGGAUAAUUAAUUACUGAUACAUCAUCCAAAUUGUCGUUAUCAUAGUGGUUGCUGUUUUCAUGCUUGCCAUGCGAUCGAACGGAUUCCAUUUUCUAUCGUUGCUUGAUGCAAACAAAAAAUUACAAAGCGAAAAACAUUAACCUAGAAGUUUUACGCAAGUGGAAUGUAAUUGUUUUCGUGCAAGAGCUGUUAACAACAAAAAUGUGUCGAGCACGCAGGACAAACUGUAAAUUAAUAAAAAUAGCUUCAUUUCCGUCGAUUUUCGGACAAUUUAUUCUUGUUUCCCUCGUCGGAAAAAGAAAUCCUACAUACACUUGCGUAUUCGUAUUGUUUGCUCUUUCAUCUCUCGCUCGUCCUAAUUGCGCCUGGUUUUAGAAUUGCGUUAGCGUCUCUCUUAUCUUAGCUGUGAGGUAGCUUGUCUUAUGCAACCCGUUUUUUUUAAGACGUUAAGCGGAUGUUUAGAAAAUGAAAGAAUUAUCCAAACUUAAUUAUCGGCCGAAAAUUUAACCAUACUAAUGCGAAAACGUAUAUUAAAAGAUCUGUGUACAAAAAGCUUAACAAAGGGUAAAGGAUAGCAGAUGUUUGCUAAGACAAAAACUCAGUUUACCGUCCAAAUCUUUUAAAACCCAAAAUGAGUUUAUUGAGAAGUAGGGAGUCCGAUAUCUCAAGACGGCGGGGAAGCCAUGAAUUUCAGUUCUACCACAAGCUCUGCUGGUUGCGAGGCUGACCUUGUAUUUGGCAAAAGACUACAUCACCUUUCGCCCUCGGGCGUAGCUUUUCUGAUCUUCCUCAACAUCUUUAAUAUCAUCACCUUUCCAAUCACCGCAGUUUUGAACGCGCUGGUGAUGAUCUCUGUUAAGGCAAAAUCACGACUAAGAGCGCACAAGUCCAAGAAAUUUUACUGGCGCUCCUGGCUUUGACAGACUUUACAGUCGGGAUUCUUGUUCAACCUGCCUUCGCUGCUGUGUUAAUCAUGUUGUUACUUGACGAGCCUCGUGGAUAUUGCGUUCUGCAGGUUCUUAGAUGUGCUUUAAUAGUGCUGCUUAAUUCAUCACUUUUCCACCUGGUUUUGCUAAGUUUGGAGCGGUACAUAGCCAUGAAACACACUUUUUCGUACCCUAGUCUCGUGACUGAGGGUCGCUUGCUUGUUGCUAGUCUAUUAUCGUGGUUGUUUUCCGUAUUUCAGACAGUUCUACUUCUCGUUAGCAAAACAGUGUUAUUGCGCAGCGUGAUGAUUUCUACAAGUCUAUCACUUGUUGUGAUCUUUUUCUGCCAUUUCACUGUUUGCCGUGAAAUUCGCCGACACGAAAAGCGAGUUGCAGCUCAUCAAACUACGCCAGAGGCAAGGGAACAAUUUGAGAGAAAUAAGAAGGCUGUUAAAUUAACCUUCGUAAUUCUUGCCGCGUUAUUAUUGUGUUUUACACCAAGAUUGUUCUGUUAAGCUAUCAUAGUGAUAUAACUCAUAUAACUCAUGAAGCACUAGUUAUGAUUUUCUUUUUUUCUCUUUCGUUAAGUUUCUUCAACUCGUGGCUCAACCCAGUUAUUUACGCAUUGAGAAUGAAUCAGUUUAGGCUAGCGUUUAUUGAGAUGGUGUUUAGAACAGACGAAGAAAUUGAGAUGGGGCGAUUUUUGCGAGUUCGUAACUCCUUGGUUAGAGUAAACGUUGAACAAGACAAGAAGGACAAGCUUAACAAAAUGUCUAUGCAACAACAACAAUCAUAAAACUGACGUACUGCCUAUCCUGGUAUCAUGUACAGUUGUACAUUCAGGGGAAAGGAAUUAUAUAAUAAUGUUCUCUCUUAAAUUAUGGCACAACAAGGCGGUUCGAAUCAUCUGUUUCUUUGAUGACGAGCUUCGUGGGCCUGGGCUUAAGGAGGCCGUUAAACUCGCUUCCAUAAUACUUACUUUGUUUUUGUUGGUUUUAUUCUCUAGAACGCUACACCAAUCAUUGUAACAUAUAUAGAUUUAGCCAAUGCUAAAAGUUUGACCGGUUUAAACUCCCAACACCAUGCAACAGGGUGUGCAAACGGACGCAUUAUGUAAACGCCAACAAUGUUGGGAGAUACACAAAAACUAGCGGAUAUUUAGAAUAUGAAAAGAUUAUCCAAGCGUAAUUAUCGGCCGAAAAUUAAACCCUACUAAUACGAAAAUGCAUAUUAAAAGUUCAGUGGACAAAAGGCUGAACAAAGGGUAAAGGAUGACAGAUGUUUGCUUAAACAAGAACACGGUUUAUCGCCUAAAUCUUUUUUACAAAAGAACGAGUUCAAUGAGGAGCCGAAAGUCUGAUAUCGUGGGACGAGAAACCACGAAUUUCAGUUUUACCACGAACCCUGCUGGUUACGAGGCUGACCUUGUAUUUGGCGAUAGACUACAUCACCCUUUCCUCUCGGGCGUAGCUUUUCUGAUCUUCCUCAUCAUCUUUAACAUCAUCACCUUUCCAAUCACCGCAGUUUUGAACGCGCUAGUGAUGAUCUCUGAUAAGGCAAAAUCACGACUAAGAGCGCUACUGGCGUUCCUGCCUUUGACAGACUUUACUGUUGGGAUUCUAGUUCAAUCUGCCUUCGCCGCGAUGUUAAUCAUGUUGUUACCUGACGAGACUCGCGUAUAUUGUGUUUGGCAAGUUCUUAGAUAUGCUAGUAUUUUUGUCCGUUGCUUCCUCGCUCUUCCACUUGUGUGUGUGUUUUUUGGUUUUUUUUUUUAAGCGCAGAGCGGUACAUAGCCAUGACUAAUCCUUUCUUUUAUAUUACCCGAGUUGGUCACCGAGGGUUGCUUGCCCACGUUGUUGCCUACUGCAUUGGCGUGGUUCCUAUCCCUAUUUCAGACAGUGCUUCUGUUUCUCGUUAGCAAAACUAUGGUCUUGCGGGGUACAGCAAUUUUCAUUCGUGUAUCUCUGCCGGUAAUCUUUUUCUGCCAUGUCACUGUUUUCUUUCAAUUCGCCGACACGAAAAACAACUUGCAGCUCAGCAAACCACAUUAGAGGCAAAGGAAGAAUUUGAGAAAAAUAAGAAGGCUAUUAAACUAACGUCCAUAAUCUUUGCUGCGUUAUCAUUUAAUUGUGUUUUAUACCUGGAAGCACUGCUGUCACUGUUGUGUCAAAGUUUUAGUGGUCAGUGUAACUCAUGAGACAAUUUUAAUUUUUGCCUUUUUCCUAAUUUGUUAAGUUUUUUAAGUUCUUGGGUGUGCCUUUUAGAGUGUUUCGUUGUUGCUUCGCUCUUUCACUUGGCUUUGUUAAGCAAGAAGGAUUGCAUAUCCAGAAUCAACCUUUUUCAUACCGUUGCCCUUUUCAUGGCGACGAUCGCUUGUUUGUUGCUAGUGAUUUAGCGCGAUUCUUGAUCAUACUCCAGACAGUUGUAUUUUCUCUUGAGCAACAGGCUCCUUCCGCAACAUGUUUGCCUCUACAAGUAUGCCUUUUGCGAUGAUCUUUUACUUUCAUGACACAGUUUGCUGUGAAAUUCGCCGUAACGAACAACAACUCGCAGAACAGGCUAGCAUGCAAUCGACUCAAGAGGCAAGGGAAAAAUUUUAUAGCUAUUAAAAGGUUGUCAAACUCACAAGGACAUCCAUAAUCCUUACUCUGUCAAUAUUGCUUUAAUUGUAUUUUUUAGAACGUUGCUAGAAGUGUUGUAUUGAGAUAUCGUGGUGAUAAAAAAUGUGAAAAACACAACCCCGAAAAUCUUACGUAUGUUAUAGUAAAAGAAAGCCCUGAAUACAUUAUACGUGGAGCAGUUAUCCUUUCUAGAGCUUGACAAAUUUCUAGGCAAUGUUUCCUCCUUCCCACAGUUAUUUUACAGACGAAAGUGAUUGGCAGCCCAGACAUCUUUGGACUAUAAUGUAACAAUCGAGUCGACGUGAUUUUAUGUACAGGAGGUAGCGACUGAAAACUGGUUCAAAUUGGAAAGAAAUUUGGUUAAUGUGGGUAUAAUUUGUCCAAAUUUUGACAAUGUACUGCGGCAUUAACCUAAAAGUCUAAUAUCAGUUUUUCAACUAGAAUGCGAGGCUUACCAAGCGAUGAGCAAACGUUCGAAUAAGUUUGAUCAAUCGGACGAUCACUAAAUCGCGACUUUUGUCUGUCCAAUAUUUGAAAUAGCGGACUAUUUUUUUCUGCGGUUUUUUUCGUGUAGUACAUGUACAGAAUUUGCAGCUGCAGAGGAAAAAAACGUUUCGUAACUUAUCAACAGAAACAAUAAUCAAAAGGAUAAGUUUUUACAAAGAAAAUAUCGAAAUUGACGAUAUCGUGGUUGCUGUUUUCAUGCUUGCCAUGUUAACGACUAAAAAUUGUCGAGCACGCAGAAUAAAGUGUACUGCUCCAUUUCCGUCGAUUUUCGGACAAUUUGUUUUUGUUUUCCACGUCGGAAAUAUAAAUCCUACAUACACUUACGUAUCUGCAUUGUUUCUUCAUAGUAUCUUUCGCUCUUUCCUAUUGCGCCCGGUUUUAGAGUUGCUCCAGCGUCCCUGUUACUUAGGCUUCACGAAAGCAAGGAGUGACAUUAUUUCUUAAGACGUUAAGCAGAUAUUUAGAAAAUGAAAAUACUAUCCAACUUUAAUUAUCGGCCGAAAAUUCAACCAUACUAAUGCGAAAAUGCAUAUAUAAAGAUCAGUGUACCAAAAGCUUAACAAAGGGCAAAGGAUGGCAGAUGUUUGCUAAGACAACAACACAGUUAACCGCCCAAAUCUUUUAAAGCCCAGAACGAGUUCAUUGAGCAGUAGAAAGUCUGAUAUCGUAAGACGAGAAGCCACGAAUUUCAGUUGUACCACACGCCCUGCUGGUUGCGAGGCUGACCUUGUAUUCGGCAAAAGACUACAACACCCUUCUUCCUGGGGUGAAGCUUUUCUGAUCUUCCUCAUCAUCUUUAACAUCAUCACCUUUUGAACGCGCUGGUGAUGAUCUCUGUUAAGGCCAAAUCACGACUAAGAGCGCACAAGUCCAACAUUUUACUAGCGUUCCUGGCUUUGACAGACUUUACAGUCGGGAUUCUAGUUCAACCUACCUUCGCCGUGGUAUUAAUCAUGUUGUUACUUAACGAGCCUCGUGGUUAUUGUGUUUUUCAAGUUCUUAGAUAUGUGAUUAUAGUUAUGGUUAAUGCUUCGCUUUUCCACUUGGUUUUGCUAAGCGGGGAGCGGUACAUAGCCAUGAAGCAUACUUUUGGUUACCCUUCUCUCGUCACUCGUUAUUGAGUUAUUGUUCAGAACUGUACACGCUGAAGAAACUGAGAUGCGACUUUUUGGAGUACCUAAUGCUGUUGUUAGAGUCAACAGAGUAAAAGCUGAUCAAGAUCAAAAUGAAAAACCUCAACACGAUGUGAAUGAAGAAAACGUCUAAGAAAGCAAAAACAACAACCGAACAGCAAUGAUUCGUAACACUGAUGUGCUUUCUAUUCUUGCAUCAUUUAUGCCUGUACAUUCUAGGCAAAUUAUUUAAUACCUCUCUUUCCUAAAUUGUAAAAUUUCAGAACCGGGCGGUUCACUUAAUUCAGGGGUGUUUAUUUGAUGAAGCUAAUUACUUUUAACCAGGUGUUGUUAGGUUUGUUGAAAUUGGUAUAUUAUUUAAAACGUCUUGCUUGAAUUAUUGUUCUUAGAUGAUCGGAGUGAUAUAACUCUGGCCAAGAAAUUUAGUAAGAACGUUUUCCGCACCGUGAUUUCUCGUAUUGGCAAAUGUUGUCUUUUGUUUGCCCCCCUGAAAUACCACGUGGCAUUGCUUUUAUCCCAUCGAUCAUAAAGCGCAUGCAAAAAUGGCGGGUAUGGUCUAUGACUGUUGCAACCCUCCUCUCUGGGUUCAACAUUUGUUAUCUUUGUCAUUAUCGUCAACCUCGUCACCUUCCCAGUUAACGCAAUUUUGAACGCGUUGGUGAUUAUAUGUAUUAAAGCAAAAUCUGGACUAAUAAGGCACAAGUCGAACAUGACACUGGUGGUCUUGGCUUUCACAGACUUAAGCAACCGCGAUUUUAGUUCAACCUGCCUUCGCUGCAGUGUUAUGCGGUUACUUUACGAUCCUUAAUGGAUAAUUACUGAGGCACAUGGCAUUAUGAGAAAUAUUAGAGCCAGCUGAGGCCGAAGAGGUACACUCGGAAAAAAAGUUAGUUAAGUUGGUUGAGAAGGCAUGACAUGAAAAAUCUUCAGUUUCAGCCUAGUGUUUCAACGAAAUUUAACGAGUAUUGCAGCUGCCUGUUCUAAAUUUUAACUUUGACUUGUGCUAAAUUAUGUUUCGGGAACUAAUGCAACAGUCUUACUGUAGGUAAAGUUCAGUUAUCCUUUCAUGAAGACGAAUGUAGUGAUGUUAAGAUUUUUAUGCACAUUACAGGUUUCACCUUACUGAAUAUGGAAAAGCAAUGGCAGAGAAAUUUGGCUUUACGGAUGACAUCGAUGAAAACGGAUGCGUCAUUGCCAAAGUUUACUACCAGCUGCUGAGGAAAACUUCUCGAAAAGGACGGUUAGUGAACGUUUGUCUUCAUAAGAUAAAGCCACUUCGUGUUCAGGGUCUCUCUUCUUCCCGUCCUGUCCCGUCCCGUCCCGUUCCUCACUCGCUUCAAGGGAUAGAAAGAACAGGACACUGGGAACGAGGCUGCGGAUAAAGUGGUGGGUUAAGCAUGACAUGCUGACAGCGUUUUACCGCAGUAACUGUAUAAACUGCACUUUAUGUUUAAGAUAAGAUAAGAUAAGAUAAUUUAUUUACACAGGGGGGUGGUCUCCCAAUCCCCCGAGCCACGGGCUCAUGAUAAAAGUGUUUGACAAUAUAAAAGAAAAAUCAAUUAAUUAAUUAAUAUCUCAAUAGUAACCAAUUAACUUUAAAAAAAAAAAUAACAUCCAUCUAUAAAAAUAAAUCGGGUCAAAGGCAAUUGCUGCAUUGACAGCCGAUAAAAUUUAACUUAGUUAAAAGUCUCCGAAAGGAUGAUGCAUUAGGUGCGUUUUUUACAGCAGAUGGCAACUGGUUCCAGAUGUGCGAGAUCAUGUACGCAUAUGAACCAUGAAGGAAUCUACUAUUAUAUGAAGUUUGAACAACAUUUAGACCGUUGCUUCUAAGAUUAUAUGGUGUAACUCGGGCUUUGAAUAAAUUGGCUACAUAGCCUGGACCAUUCUCCUUGAAACAUUUAAAAAAUAUCAUUAACGAUUGUUCUAUGCGUCUAUGUUCCAAGGUAUUCAUAUCUGCCAUCCUAAGAAUUGAUUCAUAAUCGGUACUUUUCCCCAUGUUCAUUAUAGUUCGUAGACCAUAAUAGUUCGCAUCUUCCAGUUUCUUGUUAAGUGUUCUACCUAUACCCAAAAGUAAAGAGUUGCAGAGUUUCAUCCUCCUUCACAUUCUUCUUUUUUGUAAAAGACGCUAUGUCACGAUUUUUUGGUUUUGGUUAAAACCCUAAACACAUUGGGUUUACAGAAGUCCCCAAUAUAAUGGCUCAGUUGUUAAAAAGUAUUCCACCUGCAGUAUAAUUGCGUGUGUUUGUUGUUCGAUAACCAGGAUGUAUAUGCCUAGCAACGUGAGAAAUAAUGGGCCAACUCUUUAACGUGCAACUCUUUUCUUGAUGGAAAGUUGCAAAAACAUUACGCUUUGUUUUGCUUAUUGGAGAAUUGCAUUAUAUUUUUCUUUUAGAGCUCCUAGUGUGAGGAAAGGUGACUCAGGAUACUUAGGUUUUCUUUCAUCUCAGUCUUGACCCAAAAAUGUGUAACCCACUGUAACUCUCCGCGACUUAGCUCCCAUUAAAGAAAACGCAGGAAUGCAAUUUCUUUUGUCGUGUUCCGUUGAUACUAGGGAGCUUAAACAACCACGAUAAGGACGGCAUCGAGAACAUCAAAAAAGCUAUAGAUUUGAUUAGCCAAACAAUGACUCUGCAUGUGUAUCACGCUUUUUUGCACAUCUUUGAGGCUCGUAGACCAACUACGACGUGAAACUUCUUAAUGUGACGUUUUAUAGAGGACGUGAACACACGAGGACGAAUUUUCUUUUUAAUAGACUAUUUUACAGUUGUGAACUUAGUAGCCCAGCCUUUAAGUGAACGUGAGGCUGAGGUUGACCUUGUUUUGAUACAAACCUCUUUCCUUUUCUUGUGGAAAUUAUGCUUAAAAAUACCAGUUUGCAUAAGGACAACAUGAUUUACAUAAUAAAGCACGAAGGGUUGUAUCAAAACAAGGUAAACUCCAGCGUCGUUUCCACCUUUAACAAUAAAAUAGUCUAUUUCCCUUUUUAGAACAUAGAACCGCUACAUUUGACAAAUUGAUCCAUGCUAUAUCAACGAAAGCAUGCAAAUGCAUUUCACCGUGACGUUCUCACUGCCGUCGUCGUAGUAGCAGCGACCUGCUUACGAAACUACGACAGUAACAGUGGCAGUGAACGUCAAAAAAGGCAUUUUUUUUAAUUUAGUGAUCAAAACAGCAUACAUUUCUGCAUGUUUAUCACUCUUUUUUGUAAAUUUCUUUUCCGUCCCUGCGCAAAUACCUUGUGAAAUGACUAUCGUAGGGUCCCUGGGCCCAGUUGUUCAAAGGCCACUAACCGGGGGUUAAAUUUUCAUCCGGGUUUCCUUUUUUGUUGUUCAAAAGUAUUUUCUUUAUUCUAUUUAGGGCAUCCUUCUCAUCAUACUGUAGACCAAGAGAAUUGAUCAGAGUUUGCCUUUUUAGCUUUCAUAUCUGGAUUCAAAUUUUGCACUAACCCUGGGUUACGUUUACCCAGCCCAGAACAACCCGGCCCCGGUUGCUAUCCUACAAUUUAUUACACGAACUUGGCGAAGUGAUGCUGGUUUGCCUUUUUCUAGAUCCUCUGCUAACAGCAUUGACGACGGCCGAAGAUGGUGCGGAGGAAGGUAACUAGUAGUUUUAGAGUGCAAUACUGUCAGUGCAUACUGUAAAAUCCAGUCGGGAACCUAGAGUUGCUCCUGAGGAAAGAAAUGGGCCCUUACAGUAAACUGCUAAUUUUUUUAUUGCAUUGUAAUAGCCCUUGUGCUUGUUUACGUCAGACAAGCAAAUUUCACCACCAAGCCUCCUUUGUGAAUAAAAUUAUUUGCAUUUGCACUCUUUGCAUAAGUUUUUUUCUUUUUUUGCAAGAAGUCAGCAAUGGCGGUAUUCUGUCGUGUAACUUGUUCCAUUUGGUUUGGAUAAUCCUCCGUUUGCGUUUCACGCUCUUUUCAAAUAAACCGUUAAUCAAUGGAAUUUUGUUUUUCUAUGUGGAUCGUGCUUCGAAAGUUGAUCUCGUAGGAAUAAGCUUCAGGAGUUUCAGUAUAGCCUUUUAGUGUAUAAUGACAAUUGUAAUUGUUGUGACAGCUUUUUUUGUAACAUCUAGUGUAUGUGCUUUUUUUUUCGUUAUUUAUAGUGAGUCUCAUAUGUUUAACAAGUUAGAAAGCAUUGCGCAGUCCGAGGAACCAAGAACUCCUGUAUUAGGCUGCAGAAUCAGCAAAUCACUUGAGCCUUCAGCUGUUGGCAGCGAGGUAAGACUCGAUGGUGUCAAAACUGGGAAUGACUCUGAGAAAGAUAAAAGGACGUUUAGGGAGAGUGGUGAAGCAGCCUUUAGACAGAUAAAUGGUCGGAUCAAGAGACCGACCGGUGGAACACCGUCAUUUAAUAGACCGGGAUUCGGUAGACCCACCUAUAUAUACCCACCGACCGACAGACCGAUCUACAGACGUUCCUGGACUUACCGUAAUGAUGGUUAGAAUUACUGGUCGACGUUUAAAUAUGUCACGGGAGCAACUGGAUUGUGUCUAGUUCUUACGGUUUAGUUAGAUUCAAUGUGUUAGUUUUGUUUUGUUUACCUAUUUGUCUUCGUUAGUUCAUGACAAGUCGAGUUAAUUGGGUUGUUCAAAGCUCUGCGGUGGACUAUCUGCACCUCAUGUUGGUCUGUAUGAAAUGGCUCUUUACUAAGUACAACAUUGACGGGCGUUUCUGUAUCAGCAUACAUGACGAGGUAAGCCUAAUGAAGCAAGAGCGGUAGCUGUUUUAAGACACAUUUCAAGGCAGCGAAAAUUAGGUGUUCGAGGACAGGACAGAGCGAAGGUAAUAAACAAUGGUUUCAAAAAAGUUGAGAAAAACGUUAGUGACUCUUUUCUGUAAGAGUGCACCCAAAUUAAACUAAACCAAGAUAAGUCUAUUGCCUUGUACGAAAAACCCUUUAUUGUUCCCUUUAGCCAAUCCAAUUUUAACUUCUGGAUACAAAAUUGAUCAGUUUUGGUUACCAUUGAAUGGACGAAUCAAUCUUGAAUUAUAUGGAUCGGUUGGUGUAGAGUUUGAAAUUAGGCCGCAGGAGGGUUAGCCUAGUUGGUAAAGCGCUGGUCUGUGGAGCUGGAGGCCGCGGGCUCGAUCAACAGCCAGACCGAUACUCAAAGCCCUGGGUAUUUAUAAACUUCACUGUUCGUUCAUGUAAAUCCUUACGAACUUGAAUUAACUUCCAAACACUGGUAAUCCAUCUUGAGACAAAUUACAAUUGUUGGCUGCCCUGUAGGUUAUUUAUUUUACACCAUCUAGGUUUGGUUAUUUGUGUGGGUAUCCUGCAAAUCUGUGGCCACACAUCUUUAAAAACAUCGAUUAGUUUAUCUGGUUCCUUGUUCUUAUCAGGUCGUUUUUUCUGUUUCUUGCAAAUGGAACAACAUCGUUACAAUUGUGGUACAUAAUAUGUAGUAUCAACAGCAAAUUUAACUAACAGAGGUCAGAAGUUCUAUCUUCUCAAAACCACGUCUUGCUUAUGCAAUAUCUGUUGCGUAUGUUGUGCGCAAAAGAACAUUGAAUCCUGAAUACUUUCCGCAACAUUUUCGCUUAGGUAUAAAUUUUGUUACUGCAGGUUCGAUAUCUAGUAUCAAGCAAAGACAAGUACCGCGCGGCUCUGGCACUGCAAAUCACCAAUCUUCUCACAAGAGCAAUGUUCGCGCACAAGCUGGGGAUGAACGAUCUUCCUCAGGUAACUAGGCUAACUACUGUAAAGCCCUAACUCAUUCUAUUUGAUCUUUAACCAGUUUCCGCGAAGAAUUACCGGAUCAAUGUAGGUUUCUGGGAAACUGCCCACCUACCCUUCCGUAAGCCACCAUUUUGCCCUAAGUGAGAAGCGAGUGUUAAUGUUAGCUUAGGGGAAGGGUAGGUGGGCAGUUUCCCAGAAACCUAAAUUGAUACGAAUUACCCCACCCUUAUUUCGCUCUGAGUGGUUAUCUAGUGAUGAUGACGAUGACGACGACGACGAUGAUGUUGUUACCAUGCCCGUAAUGGUAGUGGUUGUGGUGGUGGUAAUUGUGGUGGUGAUGAUCAUGUUAAUGAUGAUGAUGAUGAUAUUAAAUGGUAGUAGUGGCGAUGUUGAUCAACACCACCGUUGUCACCUUCAUAAUAUUGGCCUAGGAUUUAAAAAUACGAAAGGUUAACCUUUUAGCCUUGUAAGAUAGUUUCCUGUCUUUAUCAUCUUCAUUAUCGAUAUCAAAAAAUUAAUGUAGGUUUUUUAUGUGUACCGUUAGCGUUUCCACAAUUUAAAGGUAAUAACUCAGCAACUUUUUUUAAACUCCUUUUCUAGUUUUGUGAAAGUUAAUUUUCAAAGUGUCUCUUUCCUGCAGUUAUUUUGUCUGGUAACGAGGACGUAUCUUUGGAACUAAAUAAAAUUAAUAUGCGUUUUUUGACCUUUACGGGUAGCGUUUCAACAAUGUAAAGGUAAUGCACUCAGAACCUAUAACAAGGCUCCUUCGCUGGUUUUGUUAAACCAAAUUUUUCAAGAAUCUCUUGCCUGCGGUCAUUUUGAGUCCCAUGUCAUGUUGCCUGGUAACAAUGACGCAAUUUCAUGGUCGCUUCAUUGCGAUUUAACUGUUUCACGUCCGUAGGCGGUCCUCGUAAAAACUAAGAGAAUAAUUAAAGGUCAGUUUGAACAAAAUAUCGAGAAACAAACAACACCAGACGAAACAUCUGUUAAAUAAGUAACUUCCUUUUCAGUGGAAUGUUAAUUAAGUUUCGAACGUAAACUCAAAGGUGAACAUGUUUAAAAGAUCGAUAUCGAAUCCUCCCUCUACCUCCUAAAACAAGUGUUUAGACGCUUUUCUGUUGGCUGCAAGAGUUAGUAAGGUACUAAGGGACCUUUUAAUUAGAUUCAGCCGCUUCUUGUUUCGUUUUGUUUCAGUCAGUUGCAUUUUUUAGUGCUGUUGACAUUGAUACUGUGCUUCGUAAAGAAGUGAACCUGGAUUGCAAAACCCCGUCAAAUCCUCUGGGACUCCACAAGGGACAUGGAAUAUCUCCAGGUAUGAAAAACGUUCUCAUUGUUAUAUAGUGUUGUUGGUACCGUAUCGAUGUUAUUAUUAAACAAUGUUAUUUAUUAUCCUAUCCUACUAUAAUAUUACUUCCCGUACUGUUCAUUUCCUCUUGCUGUGAUGUUUCAGACUUGUUCAUGUGCUGUUUUUGACAGCUUCGACUUUUUAUUAGAUAUUGAGCAAAAGCGCGCGCGAGGCGCGGAAAAGUGCGUGUGUGUAAGUCACUAUUGGUUCGGGUCAGGAGCCUAUGUGGUAAAAGGCAAUAGAUUAUAAGGCCCUUCAACAAAGUUAUAUGUGCUCCAAGUAAAAUUGAAGAGAGUCCAGCCCCCUGAACCUGUGAAAUACAGGAUUGCCCGGCAUAUGACCACAAGAUUCCAUGUUUCACUCAGAAGCCACCGAGCGCUCCCACUGAACGGCGCUGUUCAGGCCCCAGUUUCUCAAAAAAUGAACGGUCGUAUCCACUGGAUAAAGUGGAUAAGUACUAGCAAAACCGAUUGCGUUAUAUCUGCGGGAUAGGGAUUUAUCUAGUGGAUAGCGUUAUCCCCUUAAGAACCACUGGGGCCAGGUAGCUAAUCCCCUCUCCCUGCUCCCGUGUAUGCGUUAAAUAGCGUAAUCAAUCUUUUGAACCAACAUGGGCCUGUUAGCACUCGACCAGUCUGAUUUUUGGAGAAAGUAGCGCGAUAUUUUUAACCAGUCAAAAAGCGUAACUAAAUUGCUUUCGACCACUGGCUUUUGCCUUUCGAUUGAAUACCGUUUUUGUCUGUUUCCUAUUGUUACCAAUGGUAAUUAUCAUUCUUCAGGGGAAGCUUUAGACAUUUACGACAUCCUGAAACUUACUCAUAACGGCAUCCUAGAAGAAGAUACCGACACCGAACAAGAUCGCGUGAAAGGAGGAAUUUCACAGUCUUCCAAGUGAGCGAUUGAUCAAAUGAAGUGAAAUUUUCAUGUUGUAUAAAGGUAAGAGACUUAUUGACAGCCCCCUACCCCACCCCUUUAUGUUAUUUUUCCUGUUCACAUCUUUUUGCGCUGUCCCCAACAAUUUGAACGUCUGGAAGAGGCUACCCCGGGGGGACUCCCAUAUGAAAGGGGCGGUGAUGCUUGUCGGAAAUUUUGAAUUAAACCCCUAAAGGAGACCAAUCUGGGCGUAGCCAAACCUUUUUUGACCCCUAAAAGAGACCUUUUUAAACAUUGAUUACAUGAAUCGAGUAAAUACAGCGAACUGGAAAUAUAUUUUUUUUAUCUCUCUUAACUUACAACCCUAAGAGACCUUUACGGCUAAAUAUUUUGGCGUUUUGCCCAGAACACCCUAAGUGAGACCAAAAUCCAAAAUUUACACCCGUAACGAAACGACGAGCAUCCCCGCCCCUUUCAUAUGGUAGUCCCCCCGGGAGGUUACUCCUGUCAGUGUCCCAUGACAGGAAGAUUUUCGUGCAAAAUGAGGUAAACUUGAAAAGUGUGGGGGCGUUGAAUUGUUUUUUUUUAGCUAUACCCAUCCCCGGCCCCUUCUCGGUUUAGCUUUUCAGCCGUGUUUGUUUUCAACCUCGUUCCCAGGUUCUCUCCCCUGGCUAGGAGAGAACCCUGGGAACGUCGUUGGUUUGGUUUAUGGUUAUUAGCGGUUAUUUUGUCACUGCAGACGAUCCAGUUGGUUCGUGAGAUGUCCUGAAAUUGAGAAGAAUCAUGCAAUAGCACAAAAUUAAUAUACAUACUAAUCCUAGGGCUAACCCAGAAUUCUUAUACUCUGCGUAAGGCUUAAUACGAGUUCCCUAAGAGUUCACUGUUUUCUGGUUUUUCUCUGGUGAGUUUUUAUCCCACUAAGCCCGCAAAAAAUUCGUGCCACACGGCCUGCACCGAUGACGGCUGGAAAAUAUUUCAAUAUCCGGGAAUCGUCUUUGAUGGUUAAGUGGAAUGACUAAUGUAUUUUGACCCUUGUUCCAUUUCUUAAUUUGCUGCAAGCCUGAAAGGGUGAUUAGUUUGGCACUAGAACGCUUUGAUUUCUCUUUCCCCAUCUACAUCAUUCUUGUUCACUGGCGGAAAGAUAAAGUAGGGUGAGAUAGAUUAAGGUAGAUUAGGGCGGGUGCUGUUAGGGAGCUUGAAUACAGUACGCAGAAAUCGUCACUAAAAAUCCUAAGAUAAGUACUUUGGAUUAUUCAUGGGCUACUUAGUAAAGCAUAUUUUCAUCAAUUUACGUCAUGGCAUCGUGUUUGCCUUUGGUUUAAAUUUCUGUCUACUUGAAGUCACUUUUAGAGGUAAUUAUAUUUCUUCUCAUUCCGUUAUACGCUCUUCUAGGCGCGCCCUUCGUAAAGGAGAGGUAUUUUCCAUUGUUCUGGUAAGGUCGAGCUAAAUAUGCGGAAUUUAGCGGCACCGCAAUACAGCCGAAUUUCAGUUAUCGCGGCGUAAUACCAAAGCAGAAACGAAAUAAACCUGUCAAACACAUUUUGCCCGGAGCAUUUCGGCAUCUUAACUAUCUGAGAUAUCUAUGGUCAUUCUUUGCCACUCAACGCUUAAUUAAAUUGACCUGCUAGAUCAGCAAUGGGCAUUUGUGUUUCGUUGUAAUCGUGUCAAUUGCUUAGUAUCUUCACCGGAAUCGACUAACAAAGAAAAUAUUUUGAAAGAUUUAAUAGCCUUUAUCCUCUUUUUGCAGCUUUUGCACAAAGGACGUUUUUCAGUGUAGAUUAAGUGAUACAAGUUAAGGGACUUUUAUUGGAUUACUGUUUACGUGUCUGCCAAGAAAGUGUAGUACUCAUUCACCUUUGUUUGCGUGAGGAAUUCAACCUGGAUCUUGACGGAGAUUCUAGUCAUGUCGGAAAGAGUUUACAAAAUUGCCCUCUUAGGAAACGAAGGAGUAGGAAAAACAGGUAAGCCUACAAGGUCAUGAAACUUUUUUAUUCCCUAAUCAAGUUGAAAGACAUCCUGGUUUAAUCAAUUGGUGUAAUUCUGCGAAACAGGGGCUAUAUAAACCAGCCACAGAAACGUGCUGCUCAGUUUAGGAUUCUUUAUCUUAAGGUCACAAUUCACCGCUUACUCCACAGUCAGAAACUUGAAUUAUAACCGUCGAAUGAUGAGAUUUGAAAACGUUGAAAGCGAAAAUGUCAAUCGUUGAAUGUAUAAGUCAAACGGUUUUACUUAUAUUUUAUGAAGGCUGCAAAGUACGGCGGAUCUGGGGUCUUGCUUCAUUUUCUGCAUCCCGAAACUCGUCCAUGUCAAAAUGGCUGAUAAUAGGAACCGUUUUCCGCGGUUAGGCGAGACAGUAUAGAUUUCGAUUCAGUCUUGUUCCAUAAUGCAUAGCUGUGCUAGAUGUCCAAAGGGCUUCGUGUUUGGAGGUUAAGUUACUGUAACAUAAGUGUCUACUUAAUAGAGCUGAAAUGAGGCCGGAAAAAAGGUUGCUGUUUUUCUUCAACACGGCCUGCUUUGGCGAAUUCCUUUUACCUACCACACUUUUUCUUAAUAAUAGCGACUGAAAUAUGAAUUUGAAGUCUGGCUCCACUAAGCUAAUAGGCACACGUUAUCUCAUGUGAAAACAGAUACUUGUCGCUGUAUUUUUUUUUUGUGUUCUGUGCAUGCAAAUGGAUCAGCAUCGAAAAGCCGGGACAAACUGAGAGGCUCCCAGACGUAAGUGGGAACAACUGAAAACGCAGGCGUUCAUUUUUUUUACGGGGCGUAAAAAUAUACGGUGCUUCAAGGGAAGAACACUGAUGAACUUUUGAUUUUUAUGACAAAAUAAGCAGCCCCAUGGGAUAGCAUCCCACUCCGUGGCUUUCUUUUGUAUUAGGCUGUAAGUAUAGAAAAUCCUUUAAACUUGAUUGCAUUUCUUUAUCCCUCCUCCCGGCACAAGUGAUGUAGUAAAAGUUCUUAAAAUUAAACGAGCCGCAGCGCAAUUUGAACUUUCAAAAGUUUACGUCAGUGGCCAAGUAACAUUAAGUCAGAAACGAGGGACGUUUUUAUAUAAGGUAGCAUAUCUGGCGCCUUUGUCGAUGGCGGACUAAGGUUAGUUUCACCACCACUGAUCAUCCGAAAUUGGCCCAUAUAGUCUGCGUUGCAUGGAUUUGGAAACAAUCCUCAAAAAAAGAAAGAGACAACUCAUAGCACAACAGGGUCACAUUGAUUAGGCGGCGUCUUGUGCAGCAAACAUCAUCAAACAAUAAUCAAGUUUUGAUGAUUGCAAUUAUCUUGCUAUCUAUCAGGCGAUAAGCUUUAAAGGUUUAUUUUUGUUUGGUGUGGUUUUAUUUAUAGCUAAUCAAGUUUCUUUAAGUCACGUUCUGACGUUUCUACCGCAAAGUAAUAACGUGAGAAGAAAAUAAGGAAAACUGAAAUAGCCCCUAGCUUUUCACUUAUUUGCGGAAAUAUGAUAGAGGUAUUUGGGCAUGUAUUUCAAUGUGUAACAUCAUUGAAGAAUUACGCAAUGAUAUCGACGAAAUUUCAGAUAAUGAUUAUUUUACUACUCUGGUCAGUUCUUUUUUUUAAAGUGCUUUACACGCACGAAAAACGACGCAUUCAGCCGCAGCCAUUUGCUCAAAAUGUACUACAACAUGGACUACUAGCUUUCAUAGCUUUGCACUUGCUUUUGAGAGGAAAUCCUUAGUGUCCUAAUUCAAAUAGAGUAAAUUAGUUCCGUUUGCUUACUCUAAUAUCUUCAGUUUUUUAAUGCGCAUCAACGAUGGGUCAACGUAACGUUUUUUGUUUCCGUUUGUUUUUCAGUUUGUUUGUUGUCGGUGUGCUCCGGAACCUUUGAUAUAGACUGUUAAACAGUCUCGGCUUUUCAAUAGAAAGGCGGCCGCUCCAGAUAAUGUAAUUUGCCUACGACAACUCUUGCGUUCCUUGCUAUUAACCACCAUUUCUCGCGAGAACAAAGAUAUUUUUCUCACAUUCCUGAAAAUUGACCUUAACAAGGACAUCGGGUCAUGGGAUGUUGUCAUUGUUCGGCAAAGUUACAUUUUACUGAUUAGGGUCAAAAAAUAAAUGGAUUUCCGCCUAAAUAAGAUGCAAAAGAUACGCCCGUAAAUUUUCUUCACUCACCUUUGGCUGAUAAUUAGAAAAGAAGAAGGAAGGAUUGAAAAUUUAAUAUAUGCGUAUACUAGAACAUUCCCAAAACAAAGUAUCUUUGUCAGGGCUUUCCACAGAUCUGUAGUGUAGUGAAAGUUUUGUAAUCUACACGCUAGCCUCAACGAAAAGAAAAGCUUACAGUUCGCAAUAAGCUCUGCUUUCAGGAGGUUAUAUCUGCACUGUUGCAUGGACGAUUUUUCUAAAGUUGCGGGCUCUGCUCGAGUAUAAGCUUACCACUGACCAGAAGUUCAACGGAUUUAAAUUAAAUCUAACGAGUCCCCUGUAAGUAAAUAUUCCAAGAAUUCCAAAUCCGUUUUUGAUUCCUUGUAAUGAGUUGAGUGCUUCAGUCCUUCACAGGCUGCAGGAACAACAGUAUUUUUCUCGAAAAAAACCGAAACAUGUGCGAAAAGAGUCUUGCACUAUACGCAGGCAGAUGUCAAAAUUUAGGGAAAACGUUUUUCACUAGAAUGGUAAAACAGGAUCUGUUGUCACAGUAAAAUGUAAUGAUAUUCUUCUGGCCCCAGUUGUUCAAAAGUUGGAUAGCGCUAUCCACCAGAUAAAUCACUAUCCAGUGGAUAAGUAUUGCGCUAUCCAGUGGAUGGUGAUUUAUCCGAUGGAUAGCGUUAUCCACCCGUUUUGAGCAACUAGGGCCUGAUGUUCGAAGAGUAUGACCCGCUUUAUAUAAAGGUAGACGUACGUACUUCUAAUCUUAGCACAGCGAAAGAAAAAUUAUCACGAUACAACCCUUAUAAUAGUGGUUUUAUUUCUUGCAGCGUUGCUGGUUCGUUUUCUUUGUCACCGUUUUAUUGGAGAAUAUGACCCAACAAUUGGUUAGUAUUGCGUUGUCUUUUCACAAUCUGUUUGUCCUUGCCAAUCUCUUUCUUUUAUUUACCUACUUAGACAUCCGGGGGGAAGGAGUGUACUCCGGAUUUCGCUUGACGGGAUGAUCAAAUGGGGGAAAAAUUAAUACUAUAGGCUCCUGUCAAAUCCCAAUAAAUCCCUAGGGCUACCAAUAAACCCAAAAAAAUCCCUGGACCAAAAAAAUAACCCCAAAAAAAAUCCCAUGCCGACUUUCCGAACCUUAAAAAUUCCCAUAAAGUAAAGAAAGGUUUGUUUGAACUUUAUUCGGAGAACUAAGUGGCCGGAAUACGCGGUACUACCACCAAUACUCAGAUUGUUUUGAAUACCAAAAAAAUCACUUCUUAAAUCAAGCCAUCAAAAAAAUACCAGCCACUACCCAAAAAAUUGCCGGAAUCGAAAAUUUCAAACCCAGAAAAAUCCUUCGAUCAUCCCCGUCACUUUAAAGCCGGAGUACCGUCCCAACCCCAACCGGUCAACUGAAAAACGGUCAAAACGCAUCAAAAUUAAAACAAUGACCUAACAUAUCGCAGGCGCGUGUUUUUGUAGCAUGCGCCUAGAGUUCAUCCUACAUCAAAACGUGCAAUUCUAUCGUUUGCAAACGAUUUAGAGUCGACCGUCCAAAACUCAUCCAAAUGGUAGUUUGGACGCGAAUCGAUCAAUGCGUUUCCGAUGACAACAAAACAAGUACUUUGGAAAACGUAUCAGUGUUGACAGGGCCUAAAACUCGCGCCCUAAAGGUGGAUUUCCACUGCCGCGUAAUUUUUUACAUGCGUUGAUGAGAUGAAGGCAAUGUUAGUGAAUGUAUGAAAGGUCGCGCGUUAACGUAAAAUUUGAGUGAGGAUCAACUUAUUUGAGCGAGGUUCAACUUCAACGUAUUCUCGCCACCGCUCAUACAAUACCUCUUAUUCAUUUACGCUCGUAAAAGAUUACGCGAGCGUGGAAAUUCACUCCAAGUGCCUUACUCUGUCAAUAAUAGUAAACUUACGCAACAGGACGAGAGAGCAUAGAAGACUAGCAAACCUUGUGUGACAAGCGUGACAAUAAUUUUGUUUAAAAAAAAUUGCCUCAAACUUCAUCUUCCUUAAAAACAGAUCUUUUUGUAAAAGACCAAAAAAACAUUGUUAUUUAGUGAAAAUUACGACAAUUCAAAGUAGACAGACUGCAAAUUAUAUAUCUACGUACAAAUAAUAGCCCUGUCACGUUUGUCACAAGCGUUUUGUUGUCCUCUUCUUUUUGCCGCGUCCUGUUGCGUAAACUCAGCAAUAGCAGUUAUCGUUGCUUAGAAUUAGCCGUUGUUGUUGUUGUUUUCCGCCUGGUUGUGACCUUUAUCUCCUUUUUGGGUUGAAUUUUGAAAACGUUUUGAACUUUUCGAGUUUUAAUGUUUCGUCUGUUCUGAAAAAAAAAAUCGCCAAAAAUGUUAUGCUCAGUGCUCAGUACGAGCGUCAGGUAGAGCAUACAAGCCCAGUGUUACUGAAAUUUACAGUUGUUUUAUGAAAGCCCGAGAGAGGGCAGACAACAGUUAACGAAUAAAUUCGAAUGUUGAUAUGCCAGCCGAGUGUAUAAAUGUUGCCUAUCAUACUACAGACAAGACUUUGAAAUGAUAUAUCUUCCAUUCGUUUAUUCCUUUUUUCGGUUCUUUCUAGAGGAUUGUUAUCGCCGUACAGUGAUAGUAGAUGGCGAGGAAGUCACUAUUGACGUCUUAGACACAGCUUGUAGAGUAAGUUAACACGUAGAGGUCGUCAUGACCUGUACCAUGUUUUAACCCUUUAAGCCCUAAGAGUGAUCAGCAUCAAAUUUCUCCUUGUAAUAUCACUGCUUUAUAAAACAGAGUGGUCAUGAGAAUUACGGACAUGAUCACACAAGAUGAAUCUAAUUAAUACUUCAACAAAUUCUCGCCGCUACUUCUAUUGAAAACGUAGAGGGAUAACUAAAUUAGUUAGUUAGUUAGGGUUUAAAGGGUUACGUGGAUUUAAGCUUUGUCCCCACGCAUGUUUAAUUUUCCGUCCACAUUUAUCGCUUAUUCUUUUCCAAACUUUUUCGAAUAGGCGAUUUGCACAUGACGUCUUUGGCGGACUACUACAACCACAAUCCUUCAGGGUGUUGCUUUCUUGUGCAAAUUAGGGCUGCAAUAAUUAAAACCUCGCCUGGAUCAUCACAUUACAUAUGAAAGGAAAAACGAAAUGAAUUCUGCUAGUAGUCGUAAAGGUAUCCGGUUACUUCGUUCCAUGGUCAGAUCGUUCCACUUAACAGUCAUAUCGUUCCACAAUAUAGUCAGAACCUCUCACGAGUCUUUAAGCCACGAGCAAAAACAAGGGCGCUACUCAUGUGUAUACCUCGUUCUCUAAGCCAAAAGCCAAAAAAAGCGCGCUUCGCGUCGAGUUUUACACUAAAACUAUGGAACGAUCUGACCAUAAAAUGGAACGAUCAGACUUGGAACGCGAUCUGAGCAUGGAGCGAAGUGACCGUAAGACCGGAAGGUCGUUGAUAAAUAGGAGGAAGAGGACAGGACCCAAAACUGAGCCCUGAGGAACUACAGAUCUCAAUACUUCAGUAUCAGAUAAGGUUCCUGUAAUGUUGACACACUGUCGACGGUCUGGCAAGUAGCUCUUGAGCCACAGUAAUGCUGACGAGGAGCAACCAUACAUUUGUAGUUUGGUUACUAGCAGGUCAAGAUUUACAACAUCGAAGGCUUUGCGUAGAUCUAAAAAUAUUACACCUGUGUAUAAGCCUUGAUCCAUUGUCUCAAACCAGUCAUCAGUCAUUUUAGAGCUGACAAAUCCUAUUAGCGUACUUACGUGUGGACAACAGGCCAUUUGCAUGAUGGCGUCAUUUUACUACUACGUUUUUUACACUUUCGAUUCUUUCCGCUUUCAGAAUUCAACUUCUAAGCUGAGAGACAAUUUCCUGAGCACGGGAGACGGUUUUAUCGUGAUAUAUUCAAUAGCGGAUAGGAAGAGCUACAUCACAGUUCCACGCUACAAGGAGAUCAUCGAAGAGUCACGAGACCGGGCCAAUCAGGACCCAGUGCCCUUUCUGCUGAUCGGAAACAAAACUGACUUGGAAGAACACCGCACCGUGGCGAAAAGCGAAGGACAAACUUUAGCCAAUCGAUACGAAUGGUUAUUUGGUGAAGCGUCUGCGGCUGAUUAUGACGGCGUGGAUAAAUCCUUUUGUGAUUUAAUUCGUGAAAUACGAGCGCGAAGGCGCAAAAUGAGUCCGCCUGACUUUCCAACACGUACGUUGGUCAAUCUCCGUCGAUCUAGCGGCAGUGAUAUUGACAGUCAAACGGAUGAGAGCGCAUCAGAAUUGAAAAAGACACGCCGGACCGUCAAAAAGAAACUUAGUGACUCCAGUAUUAAUUAUAAGAAAAAGUUGUUUGGUGUAUGGCAUUGACUCCUCCUUCAAGUAUCCCUGUAAAAUCCAGAACACGACAAAGAACGAAGAAUUCCCUUUUGUAAAUUAAAACAAACAUUACUACAUAAGCAAGUUAUACUUGAUAGCUUUUGUUUGAAUGGCGUCACCGAUGAAAUACGAGGCAGGAACUGUUACCU